UACGUUUGAAGUGUGAAAAUAUACUGAUUAUCAAAGAAGCCACUGAUUAAUCCAAUUUCCAUAAAAAUGGCUUCUUUUAAGCAAAUAAUACAAAAGUCCCUAACCGCCAAGCGAUAUUCCGCCAUUGGUAUGGAAGGGAAGGAAAAUCACGGUUAUGCCGGGACACCAGGCCCAAAACAAAACAAUCGGGUUCAAAAUGAUCAGCCACGACAAGAGAGGUUUUUAAGGCGAAAUACAAGCGUUACACAGUCAGUCAGGGAUGUUGUUGGAACAUUCAGACAAAAAAUAAGGAAGUCAACUAGGCAGAGAAAAAGACUUCAGCACAGCCUGAGUUCACCAUGUACACCUGUUAAUGGAAAGUCCAAGACCUCAAAGAAAACUCCAACAAGAAGAGGAGGCUACAGGGAAGUAAAGAUGUACUCGCCGUUCAGCUUUGAGACACCAGAAUCCUCCCCACUAGGUUUCCGAGAGGCACGGAGGGCCAAGUGGGUUGAUGUUGAGACUCCGACGCGGUUGAGGAAGGAAGUUGAAGACCUGACAGCCAACAUGCAGGCCCUGGUCAGCCUCACCCCAAACACACUUAAGUCAAGAGCAUCACGAAGGUCCUUGCAUCAGAAGAAUUCUCCCCAGACCAUCAGUUCGAAGCCCGAGACUAGUUCAUCAAGGAAAGUUCGGGUGACAGCAGUCCGCAGGAACAUCGAGACAGAUGUGUAGCUGGGUCCUACCACUAUCCAGUUUCCAGUCAAGGAAAUGCUGGAUGUACGAUUGGCUCGUCUUGUCAGCUGUCAUUUGUUCAUCCCUUGUACACACUGUUUUGUCAUGUCUUAAAUGUACCCACAUGUAUGCUUUGUUUACCUACAAAUGCAUCUCAAUAUUGUAUUUAUAUCAUAUUAUAGCUUUCAUGGUCUCUGUAUUACAUUUAUAGUGUAUUGUUUAUUUUUUUCAUAAGUGAUAUUCAAACCUCAAUUUAAUUAGAUCUGAAUUUAGCGGUAAAAAAAGCACAUGACUUACAAUUUAUAUUUCUGGGUGUUGUGACUGAGUAGAUUCACAAUAUAUAUUAAAUACAAAAACAGUCACUGAAAGCAAGAUCUUAUAAUUGUUGAAACUACAGGUACAUUUCAUCUUGUAUAGCAUUUCCAACUACCUAUGAACAUGUUCACAGUUUUACUUGCCUUUGUGUGUGUCCAUAUUCAAGUUCAUACAUGUUAUCUUCUUGUUUCCAUGUACUUUAUCUCUUGUAUUCUUACUAUCAACUUCUCAAGCUGUAGAAUAAUUCUGUCUUGCAUGUGUACACACAUUUCCGUGAAGGAAUGUUCUUGCCAAAGUUACAUUGCCAAUGUUCUAUAUCUUGUCAUCUUAAAAAAUGCUUAUUUACGCAUAGCAUGCUUACAAGAUGCUUACUGUAAAGUCUUAAUAGCGGAAUUGUAUUUCUAUUUUAAAAGGAGAAAAAAUUAUUUUUAACUGUUGUGAAGUCUAAAAGAGGUUGUAUAUUUUUGUCUUUAUAUUUGUAAUAAAGGAAUUGUACUUCUGUUUUAAGGGGCGAAAAUUUAUUUUAAACUGUCAGAAAGAAAAGAUGACAACAUUGCAGAAUUAUUUACUUGUAUAUAUUUUGAAUUGUAAUAUGUUUGUUAUUAUACUGUUGCAAGUACACAGUGUUUGUGUUAAAUUCUAACAUUUAUAUACAAAUGUAAAUACAUGUACACAGUAUGUAUCCAUAGUGCUGGAUAUUUAGGUAUAUUCUAGUCUGUAAAUCACUUUAUUUUCUUAUUGUAUAACUGUAGUAAAAGGUAGAUGCCUUUGUAUGACAUUUGAAUCAAAGGCAUAUAUUUUUCGUAUUUUUCUCCUUUGUCAGUAGUUUGAUAUGCCCAUCUUUCGGCCGAACAUGAGGUCACAUUGGCAGCAAUCACAAAGUUGUUAGCUCACUAAUUUAAGAAUUUCAUAUCCAGUCCUUUCCAAACAAUAACACACAUUUAUAGGGUAUACUGUCUCGCAUGAGGCCAGAUCCUGUAGUAAGUCCUAAAAUUGAGUUUGUAAUUUUUUAGACUAAAUGGACCUGGUCAGUUCUCUUUAUUUAGCAAUGUUAUGGGCAUAGCAAAUAUGGUUGAAAUGAUUAGGGGCAUUAUAUCCCUGAUCAUUUGAAUACUCAUUGAAACCAUCUCAGACAUUCAGGAGUAACUUGCUUAAUUUGAACUGAUGGCUUUUUUCAUUGUCAAAGUAUAAUUCUCUGUUUCACAGCCCUCUCAUUUGGUAUUUUCUGCAGUAGCUAAGAAAGUUGAAGCUUUUGUUUUUCUAUUGCUUUAUUUGGUAGAAAUGUAUCAAUACUUGCUAUUUUACAGGUAAACUUUAUACAAUGCCUAAUUUAGAAGUAGGUAGCUAAACAUUUUAUAAUGGCUUGGAUGUGGUUUCAAACUUCUCCCAGAACCUAUUUUAUAUUUUAAAAGUAUUAACUUAGAUCUUAAGUUUGAUUCUACCAAAAUAUCUUAUUUGACAUGGAUAAACAACAUUGAAUGACCUCAAGUGCAUUGUUUGCUUGUUUGUUUUUUGUUGAUACCAGUUAGCGGUUUUAUCAAUGAUGUUAGAUUUUUUUUACAGAAUUGUGGUAGAUUGGUAUCAUUACUCAUCAGUGUUUGAUUUUCUUUUGGUUUUUAUAACACAGGGCAUUAAACAUGAUCCAUGAUAUUUCAUACACGGUAUAUUUAUUAAAUUUUGGACACAAUUAUAAGUUAUUUAAAACUCGCAAAACAACUUUUUGCAUAGCUUUUGAUUGGCAUUAUAUUUACAUGUUCAUGUUUGUACUUGCUUGUUGAUGUAUUGCAUAUAUCUCUUAUGAGAUCUCCUUUUUCAAUAACUUGUCUGAAACCAUUUAUAGAAGAAUGAAGAAAUUAGUUCCAAUACUGGAUCUGUAGAUUGCUUUCUCUCGCAUCGUCAUUUUUAUUUCUGGUGAUGGCCAAUUCAUUAGGGUUUUAAUUGGAUAGCAAUGUUAUAUUGACCAUUUUGCUGGGUUUUAAAUUCACAACCUUAUUGAUAUGGAGAAAAAUAAACCCUUUGGAAAUUAAAACAAUACAGUGAUAUGUCAAAUUCAUUUAUUUUUUUAUUAACUUUUAUUUUUCUUCUCAGAAUUUGUUUAGGAACACCUUCAUUUAUUUUUCAAAAAGAAAAGAUAUAAUUAUAAAUCAGAUUUUGUUUAACCAUUGCAAAUUUGGUGCUUGGAAUAUUUUAUAGAAACAUUAUUUUAUAAUGGUGCAGUUUACAACAAAAUGUAUCAGGGUAAUUAUAUACAUUAUAGUGCACGAACAUGAUGACCCUAUUACAACAAUGUUUUAGUACAUAUUGUUAAUGCCUUUUGUAAAUUUUAAUCAAGGAGAAAUAUUUUAUCAGUCUGUUUGUAUUGUCCUUUUUUUCUUUUGUAAGCUCUUAUUCAUUUGAAUCUCAAUAAAAUCAUAUUUAAAGAU